AUGCUUUUUUGUUAUUUUGCACUGCUAACAUUAUGCUCUGCGAGUUACCUACAAUGUUGUUUUUACUAACAAACUUGUUUCAUGUAUACAGCAAUUGGGGAAUAAAUAAUAACUAUAUACAGUUAGAGGUAAAGAUUAAACAGCUGUGUAAAAUUCGAAUGACCAGAGUAUUACCCAAGCCCUCGGGGCCUUAUUCCGUUGGUUGUUUCGACGUCAGCACAAAAUGUGGGGAAGACCGUUGUUUAUUUCGUUUGUAUUACCCAACCAAACCACAAGAGGCAGUUUCUAGUGAAAACCCACUAUGGCUGCCAUGCAAGGAGUACGCUAGUGGAUUCACAAGUUUUGUUAACAUACCUUCAUUCUCGUGGUUGUUCCGUUGGUUUUUCUCAAGUACAAGGAUACCUGUAAGUUGGAACGGCGAUCUUCAGAUGCCAAAAAGUGUCCAAAAACUGCCGGUAGUUUUGUUUUCCCAUGGCCUAGGUGGUAUACGCACAACAUAUAGUAAUGUAUGCACUGAUCUUGCCUCGUAUGGAACACUGGUUGCUUCCAUUGAGCAUUCAGAUAAAUCGGCUUCUGCAACUUAUUAUUUAGAAGAGAAAGUAAACCUGGAAAGUGGGGAUUCUGAAAAAGUUGUUGAGAAAAAAUGGCUCCCAUUUCACAAAGUUAGUGGAGGGGAACCUGCAGAGCAUGAGUGUCGGAACAAACAAGUGCGCCAUCGAGCGGCAGAAUGCUGUAAAACUCUUGACAUUCUGCAACUUUUGAACGAAGGUAAUUUGGAAACUGUUGAAGGAAAUGAGAAUCUACAUCAAUUCAAAAAUGCCCUCGACCUCGAAAAAUGUGCAGUUUUGGGACAUUCUUUUGGAGGGGGUACGGCAGUUGCUGCAUUAUCAAUGGAUGAACGAUUUAAAGUCGGAAUUGGGUUAGACUCUUGGAUGUAUCCUCUUGAUAAAACAAUGUACGCGACCAUUAACCCUGUCCCAUUUCUGUUCAUCAACAGUGAAACUUUCCAAUGGCCGUCGAAUGUUGCAAAAAUGCGGAAAUUAGAUUCAAACACCUUCAAUAUAGAAGCUCAAAGAGAAAUAAUAACCCUUGUCGGAACUUCCCACCACUCACAGUGUGACUUUCCUUUGUUAUUACGAUCCCACUUCUUCUCAAAGUCAAUUGGAAUCUCAGGAACGGCAGAUCCUGUAGGAGUCGCGAAACUGAACAACGAAAUAGUCCGCGCUUUUAUCGGAAAACAUCUCGGACUUGAGUUCGGAAGAGACUUGGAGAGUUUGAUCCAAGAAAAUGAGGAUGGCAUUAUCAGAGGAUCAAAUCUUAAACUGGAUGAGAGCAAGAUUGAGGAAUCAAAAGAAGCGUUGAGGGAAUUGAAGAAAACAAAUUAUGAAGUUUUUUUUUCCUGCAAUAGGCCUAUAUACCCCUUCUAGUUUAAUUUAAGAUAAAAAUUUCGGGUUUCCAAACCUUUUUGACUUUAUAGAGAAGCACUAUUGCAAUUGUCUGUAUAGUAGGGUAGGGGUAAGACGGUCCAGGUUUUACUCUCUUUCGAUAUUAAACAAAGAAUAUUUACAUGAUUAUAACAUUAUUGCAAAACUCUAAAAGAGCAUUGUUAAUUGUUAAAAACAUGAUUAAGAAAUUAAGGACCUAACGGUACCCAUCUUACCCAACAGAACUAUAGUAACGAAAUCAUUACACCUUGCAUCUUGUGUAUAAGCACUUGAAUUCAACCUGGCAUUACUGCAAAUGUUGCCAGUGUUUCCAGCUACUUUUAUGCAGCGUUUCUUCAACUAUUCUCUCGCAAUAAUUACACUCAAAAUCUUUCAAUGUUGCCAACUUAGUAUUUAACCACUUACACAAGCAUACUUUUAAUAAGAAAAA